UCGUCCUGCUGGACUCGAAGGAAUCGCAAGCAGAGCUGGGCUGGACCUCACACCCAUCGAACGGGUGGGAGGAAAUCAGCGGCGUGGAUGAGAACUACAAACCGAUCCGCACGUACCAGGUCUGCAACGUGAUGGAGCCCAACCAGAACAACUGGCUGCAGACGGGCUGGAUCGCGCGGCGCGACGGCCAGAGGAUCUUCAUCGAGCUGAAGUUCACCCUGCGGGACUGCAACAGCAUCCCCGGCGUGACGGGCACCUGCAAGGAGACGUUCAACCUCUACUACGUCGAGUCCGACGCCGACCUGGGCCGCAGCGUCCGCGAGAGCAAGCACACCAAGAUCGACACCAUCGCGGCCGACGAGAGCUUCACGCAGGGGGACCUGGGCGAGCGCAAGAUGAAGCUGAACACGGAGCUGAGGGAGAUCGGGCACCUGAGCAAGAGGGGCUUCCACCUGGGCUUCCAGGACGUGGGCGCCUGCGUGGCGCUGGUCUCGGUGCGGGUCUAUUACAAGAAGUGCCUGGCCACCCUGCAGAACCUGGCCGUCUUCCCGGACACGGUGGCGGAGGCGGCCUUCGCCACUUUGGUGGAAGCAAAGUCUCGGCCAUGCUUCACUCGAACAGCGGCCGCCGUCAACCCUGGAGCCGCGUCCUGCAGCCGGGUUGUGCUGGCCUGCCUGCCUGGGUUUUACAAGCUCUCCGCCCGCCUCCCUCUCUGCUCUCCUUGCCCUGCGCACAGCUUCGCGCAUGAGGAAGCCUCCACCUUCUGCUUGUGCCAGAAGAACUACUCCCGGUCGCCGUCGGACCCGCCAUCUGCCUCCUGCACAC